AUGACACCAGUUUACUUCAGCUUCACCUCAGCAUUUACUUUAGGUUUAACAGGCCUAGCAUUCCAUCGAACCCACCUUAUAUCAGCCCUUCUAUGUCUAGAAGGAAUAAUACUCUCCCUAUUUAUAGCCUUAGCACUCUGAAUACUACAACUAGAAUCAACUGCUUUUUCUGCCGCUCCUAUUCUCCUACUAGCUUUUUCAGCAUGCGAAGCUAGUGCAGGUCUAGCACUAUUAGUUGCCACAGCCCGAACCCACGGCACAGACCGACUACAAGCCCUAAACUUAUUACAAUGCUAA